AUGAUUCCAGCAUGUUUCAGCCAACCCAACACCCUCCCAAGCAGCUCUCAAGUACCUGAUCCUCAAAACCUCAUUACCUGCAUAUACCAAACCCAGCUCUGUGGCUCUCCCUCCUAUCUCACACUCACCUGGUCCAAAACCCUCUUCUCUCACUCCCUCACCAUCUACGCCGCGGACUCUUUCUCCAUCACCAUCUCUCUCUCCCCUUCAACCUUCUCUUUCUUCAGAACUCGACCCGGCUCAAAAUCUAUGUACUUGACCCGAAGUCAUUGCCAGAGGAUCAAGCUCUACUGGGACUUCACCCGGGCCGAGUUCACGAGCAACUCCGCCGAGCCCGAGUCCUGCUUCUACGUCGCCAUCUCGUGGGAUACCAAGCUUGAAUUCUUUCUCGGUGAUCUUGUCGAUGAAUUGACUAGACGGUCCGGAUUGGUCAUGACUCGCCAACUCCGGGAGCCAGCCCUGCUGUCCAGGCGGGAGCACGUAUUCGGACGCAGGAAUUACGUUUCCCGAGCUCAGUUCUUGGGAACCAAACACGAGUUUGGAAUUGAGUACUGCAGUGGGGGAGUGCUGAAAGUAAAAGUGGAUGGAGAAAUAAGCCUCGUUAUCAAAAGGCUUGCAUGGAAAUUCAGAGGGAAUGAGAAAUUCUACGUUGGAGGCAUUGAAGUGGAAUUCUUUUGGGAUGUGUUUAACUGGGUGAAUGAUAAUAAUGGAAAUGGACACGGCGUGUUUGUUUUUCAAGUUGGCGAUGGUGGGGUGUGGCCGGAUAUGGUAGGUCCAGAAAAGAGGCUGAUGAAGAAGAGCUUGUCCUCGUCGCCGGUGUCCGGUACAAUUCCAUCGCCGUCAACACCGUCGUGCUCGAGUGUGCUGCAAUGGGCAGAGGAAAACAGUGAUGGGGGGAGGAGUUCGUGUUCUUCAUCAAUUAGGUCAUGUGGGAGCAAUGGAGGAGGGUUCUCUUUGUUGUUGUAUGCUUGGAGGAAGGAUUAA